AUGACACAAUCGAUUAUUCAGAAUUUUAUAGAGAGGGCUUGUAAUCCGGUUUUAAAUGAACCUGAUUUGGCCUUAAAUCUAGAAAUCGCUGAUUUAAUUAAUCAAAAGAAACAAAAUUACCCGCGAGAUGCAGCACUUCAUAUUGUAAGAUUAAUUAACCAUAGAAAUCAAAUUGUCUCGUUGCUUGCUUUAGCGCUUUUGGAUAUAUGUGUAAAGAAUUGUGGCUAUCCUUUCCACUUACAAAUAGCCACGAAGGAUUUUUUGAAUGCAUUGGUCCGGAAAUUUCCUGAAAAGCCACCUAUAAUCCCUAACCCUGUUCAGCUCCGAAUAUUGGAAUAUAUUCAGGAGUGGAAAUCGACUCUAUGUACUACAUCUCGUCACAAGGACGAUUUCGUACAUAUUAGUGAUAUGCAUCGUUUGCUCACCUUCAAAGGAUAUAUUUUUCCUGAGGUUGAUACAGAAUCGGUUGCAGUCUUAACUCCUGCUCAAAAAUUACAAGAAUUAAUUCGUAGAGGUACUCCUGCGGAUCUUUUAGAAGCUCAGGAACUGAUGAAAAUUAUGGCUGGUUAUGACCCGGAAACCCGUCCAGAUUACCAGAAACAAGCAGACGAAGAAUUAGAGCGCAUACAACGAAAAUCUAUACUCCUAAAUGAUUUGCUGAAUAAUGUUAAACCGGGUGAAAAAAUUGGCGGAGAUGUAUAUGAGGAACUAGCACAAUCUUGUAAAGCUGUACAACCAAAAAUUCAGCGACUAAUUUCAGAAGAGGAGGAUUCAGAGAGCAUUGACCGGCUUCUUUUCUUGAAUGAUACAAUAAAUACUGUCUUGAAAAGAUAUGAAGAUAUUUCCAAUGGGAUUUUCGAACAAAAAGAAGAUACUGCAGCAUUACCUCAACCAAAAAUAGAAGAUUCUUCAGAAACAUGGUUAAUUGAUCUUGGGGAACCUGAACCUCCAGCAAAUGAUAUUGCCUUAACGUCUACUUCGAAUACAAAUAAUACGGUUGCUUCUAACAAUUCAUCAACCGGAAAAGGAACUGCAAUUGAUGAUUUACUUGGUCUGAAAUUUUAA